AUGGCAGAAUCGACCGGUACAGCGAGUGGUUCCUCAAACACAGACCGUCAGGGCUUUACGACUAUAGACUUUACAGUGACCUCCCAUACUGAGUGGACUCAAUUUGAGCUCACAGUCGGAGAUAAGACACGCAGAAUAUUCACCUACGGAGACAAGGAUGUCCAGACAUUUCGAAGUGAAGUAGCCAGGCGGAUAGAGGGGCUAAAGUGGUGCGACUCUAGUAUGAUGGCCCAGCCUCUUGAUGCUGUAUCGGCUACGAAAGUGGCCAGCUACAAAGCUGACUUCGUGCAAGGCCGCUGGGGCGCUGAGUACUUUGGGAACGAGACUGCUCAGGGGAGGACGACUAUGUGCUCCUCUCCGUCGUCGCGACAUGAGCUGGAAGACGGCUCUGGUCGGCGAUGUCCAUUAGGCAGUGUUCCCGAUGAGCUUGUCACUCACCUUCAAGCGGAAAAGGGGAUGCUGGAGGGAAAGCAGUGGUUCAGAGAAUGA